CAUAUUCGAGUCACAACACUCGUUCGCAAAAGGUAGACCACCUGUCCGGAUAGCUUUUUUCCCGGAUACCGACAUGCACGGCGUUACUCGCACAGACUUGCGAUUGGUGUGCGCUGAUAUUAACUUCUCCAUCAUGAAGCAGAGGAAGUGGGGAAGCUUGCAGAGUGGCUAGGACUGAUAGCUCAUCGUAGUUAAGGCCCCUUCGUGCCUGCUCAGGUAUAUAUGGCGAGCUGUAAGUCUAAGGGUAUAUAUUCAUCUCGUUGGUAUAGAUUUCUCUUGAGAUACAUUACCAUCGAAACUUUGUUCUAGUCGUAUCGUAUAUUAUUCGCAUCUAGCAAUUAUGGCUACAGAAGGCCAAGUCGCACCAGCUCCAAUUGCUGAAGUACAUAUUCCAGUUGUCGAAAAGUCCCCAGUGGACAUCAAGACCGGAGAGAUAUCACAAGAAGAACCUCUUCCCUUCGAUCCUGCAGCGCUCAAGGAGAAGUAUCUCGCGGAGCGCGACAAGCGUCUGGCUCGUGACCAAGGAGUAGAGCAGUACAUCGAACUAGACGGUCGUUUUUCGAAAUAUCUUACAGACCCGUGGGUUGAGCCAGGCUUCAAGCGCGACCCGAUCGAGGAAGAGACAGAAGUUAUAAUUGUUGGUGGAGGAUACGGAGCUCAGGUCGUUGCUGUUCGAUUGAUGGAGCAAGGAGUAGACAACUUCAAGAUCAUUGAAAAGGCUGGUGAUUUUGGGGGUACGUGGUACUGGAACAAAUAUCCCGGUGCGCAAUGCGAUGUCGAGUCCUAUAUUUACAUGCCUCUUCUUGAAGAAGUCGGGUAUAUGCCUACCGAGAAGUACGCUCACGCGAAGGAACUACUCGCGCAUUCGCGCGCGAUUGGCGAGAAGUUUGACCUCUACUCCCGGGCUCUAUUCCAGACAGAAGUCAAGGAUUUGCGAUGGAACGAAGAAGAGGGUAAGUGGACAGCGCAAACCUCGCGAGGCGACAAGAUCAAGUCACGCUUCGUGAUUCCAGUCGCAGGGCCGCUUCACCGCCCGAAACUUCCUGGCCUGAAUGGUAUUGAAGAGUUCAGAGGCCAUUCCUUCCAUUCGUCACGAUGGGAUUAUGGAUAUACCGGCGGUGAUUCAACUGGUCAUCUGCACAGACUAAAGGAUAAGAGAGUUGGCAUCAUUGGAACUGGGGCAACAGCUGUACAGAUCGUUCCUCAUCUCGGUGAAUGGACAAAGGAACUCUACGUUUUCCAGCGGACACCAUCAUCUGUCGAUGUUCGAAGAAAUCGACCAACUGACAGGGAGUGGGCAAAGUCCCUCGAGAAAGGCUGGCAGAAGAAGCGCAUGGAUAAUUUCGACAACAUAGUCAAUGGAGGCUUCGAGAAACACGACAUGGUUGCCGAUAGUUGGACAGAUAUCAUCCGGGAACUAUAUUCCGCCAGAUUCGACCCUAACAACCCAGUCGAAGUAGCUGCCAAUCGACAGCUAGCUGACUUCAAGAAGAUGGAGCAGAUUCGUGCGAGAACCGACGAGAUAGUGAAAGACAAGGAGACUGCUGAUGCAUUGAAGCCAUGGUAUAAUCAGUUCUGCAAGCGCCCUUGCUUCCAUGAUGAGUACCUCCAAACAUUCAAUCGACCUAAUGUCAAGCUUGUUGACACGAAAGGACUGGGCAUAGAUCGAAUUACUGAGAAGGGAGUUGUUGCUAACGGCGAGGAGUACGAGAUUGACUGCCUCAUCUACGCCACUGGCUUCGAGCUAGCAAAUGACUGGGCUCAUAGGGCGGGCAUGGAAAUCUACGGGCGCAAUGGCCUCCGUACUACCGAGAAGUGGAAAGAGGGAGCCAUGACUUUACACGGAUGGGGAAGUCGCCAAUUCCCGAAUUGCUUCUGGGUCCAAGUUACUCAAGCAGCCGUGACACCAAACUUCAUGCACAUCACGAAUGAACAGGCAAUACACCUCGCCUACGUUGUCUCCGAGUGUCGUAAGCGAAAUAUUAAAACUAUUGAACCGACACAAGAAGCCGAGGAAGACUGGACCGAUAUCAUCGUAAAGGGGUUCGCGCUUAAAGGGGACUACUCGAAAGAAUGUACGCCUGGCUACUAUAAUAACGAAGGGAAGCCCUCAAAGACUACAGCCAGGAAUGCGAUGAAUGCAAUUAGUAGUCCAGCGUUCAUCAAGAUCCUCACUGACUGGAGGGCUGCGGACGACCUCGCUGGAUUAGAUGUCAAGUACUUCCCGAAACAUGGUGAGCAGUCUGUAAGCCAGAGUACGAAUGGCACUGAAAGCAAAGCGCCACCGGAAAAUAUUACGCAAGUGGAAACCAAUCAUCGGCCAGAAGCAAGCUCUGAGCCGGAAACAUACACUCAGGAUGAGGAGAGAUCGCUUGUUGAGCAGUACUCUGACCUCCAAGCGAAGCAUCAAGCGGAGCUAAAUGAUCUCGUCUCACAUCAGAAGAACGAGGUUGAGAGCUUGCUUGGGAAGCAUUCCAGGAAGGACUCUGGUGCCAAUGUGGUGGACACUAUUCAUUGAACUUUUGUUAACUGGC